AUGCCCAAGCGUCAACGGAGAUCUGUAGCCUCACAAGCUGCGACAUCCGUCGCGCCAGAUGAGCCCCGAGUCAUCUCGUUCACCUCGCCUCAAGCUCUUACCAAGGCCAUCGAUGAAUCCGAGUGUGAUGCUCUCUAUGUUAGAGAUGUAUCCGUUUCUACCUACGAACGCCUCAAGAAGUACAGGUGCCGUAAGAUGCGGAAGUAUCGGUUCAGACGCUACUACCCAGCAGAGGAACUCCUGAUCGUCGCCCUCACCACGGCCACUCAUGAGCAGCUGCACAUCAACCUAUAUCUAGAUAUCUACAUUGAAAUCAGUAAAAUGGGGUUGGAAUGGUACUGGCUAAGCCGGGGCGCUGCGACCUUCAGAGCACUCUCUGGCGGGAGCGAAGGCGAGGCUGAUUCCAGUGGAAGCUUUUCCACGCCAGGCGAAGGUCACAGGAAAUGCCCGAUCCUCAUUGUUGAGAGCUCGCACUCCAUGUCCCUGGAGGAGAUGAGACGGCACAUGACGUGGUGGUUCGAGGCCUCCGACCACCAGGUCAAGAUUGUCCUCCUCGUCAAGGCAGAUGGCCCGUCGACCAUCAUCAUCGAGAAGUGGCAGGAGCCUCUACGGCCUGAACGAGCCGGAGCCACGGCCACGCGGGCCAGUUCUCGUCCGAACCCGCAGUCUAGACAAGUCAUCAUCAUUGAACGGAUUCCUGGGAAUAACAAUCCGUAUUCUACCGAGUCGUAUGAAGUCACCAGCGGCGGUGCGUUGCGAUUGGAGUUCGAAGAUCUCUUCCUUCGACCGCCAGGACCAGGGGAGCACGAUGUCGUUAUUGACAACUAUCACCUGCAACGCAUCGCUGGGAGAGUUGCGAGCGCUUAA